AUGAGGGGCCAGGUGGCCACGCUGCGGGUGCUGCUGGAGGCGGGGUGCCGGGCCGCCGUGGCCGUGGAUGGCGGCAGGGCGGUGGGCGUUGCGCUUCUCCACGGCCAGCACGCCGCGGCAGAGCUGCUGAUAGCAGAGGGCGCGGCCACGGGCGAUGGCAGCGCCGAGCAGUGGACCGCCUUUGCGCAGUGGCAGCGGGGCCGGGUGGCGCAGCUGGUCGCGGAGAGGGAGGCGGCGGAGGCGGCGCGGGAGGCGGAGCGCGCGGAGCUGCGCGCCCUGUUUGUGGCCAUCGCCGCUGAGGCGCGCCGCCAGGCGGGGUCCAGCCGCUCCACAAAGAGGCAGCGGCGUGCGGCGGCGCCGUAG